AUGACAGAAAAUGAAAAAAGACAACAUUGGAGAAAAGUAUUUGAUAUUGAUAAUAGAAUUAAAGACAUUUGUUAUUCAUUAGAAAAGAAAGUAUUAGGAUGGUUAAGAAUUAUAUUUUAUCCAAGAAAUUAUCAUAGAACAAAAUAUUAUGAUAAUCUAUUAUAUUCAAUAAUAAAAAAUAUAACAAAUAAAGAAAUUAUAGAAAUUGAUAUUUUGUAUUUACUUAUUAGUCAAAUUAAUAAAUUAAAUCAUGAAGAAAUUGUAGAAAGUCUUAAUUAUAUAAUAGGAAAUGAAAUUAACCCAUUAAUCAUGGAAAUGUUAAUUAAUCAAAUUAAAAAUAUUAAAUUAGAAGAAACAAUUGAAAUAGAAAAUAAAAGUAUUUUAUUAAUUCUUGAUAAACAAUUACAUUGUCUUCCAUGGGAAUCAAUGCCUACAUUUGAUAAUAUUAUGAUUACAAGAAUCCCAGCAAUUGAACCAUUUCUAAGUACAAAAAUACAAGAUAUCAAUGACACAAUUCCAGGAAUUUUAUUUAAUGGAAAAAGAGGAUAUUAUAUUCUUAAUCCAACACAUGAUUUAACUAAAACACAAAAUAAAAUAUUACCAAUAAUUAAUGAAUUGAAAUGGAAUGGAGUUUUUAAUCAAAUCCCAAAAGAGGAUGAUAUUUUAAAAGGAUUAUAUGAAAAUGAUAUAAUGUUAUAUUGUGGUCAUGGAAGUGGAGAACAAUUUAUUCAUGGAAAAAAAAUUCAAACAUUAAAGAAGUGUGGAAUUGCACUUCUAAUGGGAUGUAACUCUGCUGAACUUCACCAACAAGGUGAAUUUGAGCCAUCUGGGUUAGUAAUUGAUUAUCUUGAAGCAGGCUCUCCUCUUGUGUGUGGAAAUUUAUGGAGUGUUCCAGACAAUGAUUUAGAUAAUAUUACAAUUGAAAUAUUAAAUUGGAUAAAAUCAAAUUCAUCACAUCAACAAUAUUUAAUGAAUGUCCUUAAUAAAGCUAAAACAAAAUGUGUUUGUAGAUAUUUUAUGGGUGCUUCAAUAGUGUGUUAUGGUAUUUCUGUAUUAAAGAGAAAGAAUAAAGAAUCAAUUCUUAUUAAAGAUGACACACAACAACAAUUAUAA